UCAUCGAGUUUCCGAGGGAGUGGCAACGCGAGCGGUCGUGUUGCUUGUCUACGUAGUACUUACUGCUUCGUCCGCUCUAAUAACCUAGCUACUUCGCAUUCGCUCGUGAUUGUCAAGUCGGGGCCAAGAGAGUUCACUGGCACUCGAAGUCUCUACCCGACGGGGUCAUUGCCGCAAGACCGAAAAGUGCUGAACGAUAACGAUGUAUAUAUCAUGGGGCAGAUUAAUUCUUCUACAAAUUUUUAUGAUCUAUGACAGCCGGUCGGUUCUAGCGCAAUCUUACGAUGUCCCAGAUUCUCAGCCUGUUGUAGUUCAACUUACGGAAACCACAAACCAAGGAAGUCAACUUUCAGAAAAAGAUCCGGAGGUAAUUUUGCAAAACCACCGAAACAUUAGCAUAGUGGGUAACGACUUUGUGCUAGAUGGGAAGCCUAUUCGGAUUAUGUCAGGUUCCCUACAUUAUUUUAGAUUACCCUCAGAAUAUUGGAGGGACCGUUUGCGGAAAUUGAGAGCAGCUGGACUAAAUGCUGUAUCUACAUACGUAGAAUGGAGCAGUCACGAACCCGAAGAGGGGUGGUAUCAAUUUGAAGGAGAUAAUGACAUUGCUAGUUUCAUAAAGAUAGCUGCUGAAGAAGAUUUACAUGUCCUUCUGCGUCCAGGACCAUAUAUUUGUGCGGAAAGAGAUUUGGGAGGUUUACCAUAUUGGCUUCUGAGCAAAUAUCCUAAUAUACAAUUGCGAUCAACAGAUAAAAAUUUUAUCGAAGAAACAAAAAAAUGGAUGGCAAAGCUUUUUGAACAAGUGGAUCCUUUAUUGUAUGGGAACGGUGGGCCCAUUAUUUUAGUCCAGGUAGAAAAUGAAUAUGGAAGUUACGGUGCAUCUAAAGCUUACAUGGAGGAAAUUCGCGAUAUUAUCCAAUGCCACGUGCUGUCGAACGCUUUGCUGUACACUACUGAUGGCCCGUACAGGUCAUACUUCUAUGACGGAUCAGUUUCUGGAGCUCUUACUACUAUCGACUUUGGACCUUCUAACAAUGCAACACAUAUGUUUAAAGAACUUCGUGCAUUUAUGCCAGUUGGGCCACUAAUGAAUUCUGAGUACUAUCCGGGAUGGCUGACACAUUGGAGUGAAAAUAUACAACAAGUAUCAACAGAACGGGUUGUGUUCACGCUCCGUGAUAUGGUGGAGAACAAUAUUAAUUUUAAUUUCUACAUGUUUUUUGGAGGCAGUAAUUUCGAAUUUACUGCUGGUGCAAAUUAUGGAUCUUUCUAUCAGCCAGAUAUAACCUCAUAUGAUUACGACGCUCCUUUAUCUGAAGCUGGUGAUCCUACAUCAAAAUAUAAUGCCAUUCGUGAUACACUGGCUCAAUAUGACUUAGUUCCAACAAAUAUACCAGCUCCAAAACCAUCAAGGAAGGGGGCAUACGGACAAAUUUCUGCUAUUCCAAAAAUCAAUCUUCUAUCUGAAGAAGGCCGUUUAGCUUUGGGACUUAAAUACAAAGAUGUCAUUGGCGCAAAAUUGCCGACCUUUGAGGCAUUGAAACAACGUGGAGGACUUGUACUGUAUGAAACCACACUUAAUGAAACAGAUGGUAUCUUAGAAAUUAAAAUGCCUCGUGACUGGAUUUUUGUUUUUGUUGACAACAAACUACAAGGUUUUAUCAACAGAAUGCAGAAAUUGUACUCACUAAGCAUCAAAUUUAAACCAGGAUCUAUUCUAUCACUGUUGGUGGAGAACCAGGGCCGAAUUAAUUUUGGAAAGAGGCUUCAUGAUUUUAAAGGAAUUUUAAGCAACGUUUCUCUAAAUAACAGAACCUUGGCGGGAACGUGGUCAAUAACAGGUUAUCCUUUAGACAUUAAAAAGAAAGACUUCUCAACACUUGAAGCUGAUUUGUCUAUUCAUGAAAACAUAAAUCAGGAAGUUCCUACUUUGUAUGAGGCACAACUAGUAUUGCCGGAUGGCGAAAAUCCUCUAGAUACAUUUAUUGAUCCAACAGGAUGGGGAAAGGGCUACAUUUUUGUAAAUGGAUACAAUCUUGGGCGGUAUUGGCCAUCUGUAGGGCCGCAAGUGACACUAUACGUACCCGGUGUUUGGCUUAAACCAGCUCCUGCUCAAAACUUUGUAAAAAUACUAGAACUAUAUGAAACGCCCGAAAAUCGUACAAUAACAUUCCUGGACUAUCCAAUAUUAAACAGAACUGGCAGUUUACACCAAUACUUAUUUUUUCCAUAUGGAAACGAGCCGGAAAACAGCACACACAGUUUGAGGAUGAGAAAAGGAUGUGAUCCCGAAAACAUGGGUGACAACGAAGACUUAACCUGUAAAAUAGGACCUCCCUGUAGUCUUGUACUAUCAGAUGGCACUGUAUUUCAAGGCAGAAGUUUUGGAGCGCAGGUUCCAGUGGAAGGCGAAGUUGUAUUUCAAACGGGCAUGGUAGGUUACCCAGAAUCAUUGACCGAUCCGUCUUACCAUGCACAGCUGCUGGUUCUGACAUAUCCACUCAUUGGCAACUACGGCGUGCCUGACGAAAAUGACAUCGAUGAACAUGGUUUACCGAGAUGGUUUGAGUCGAAGCGGAUUUGGGCAGCUGGGUUGAUAGUAGGUGAAGUAAGCACACAUGCUAGUCAUUGGCGUGCGCGUCGGUCCUUGGGCAACUGGUUGACCUGCCAUGGAGUCCCUGGUCUCUGCGACAUCGACACUCGGGCUUUAACGUACCGGCUUCGAGAAGGCGUUACUUUGGGCAGAAUAAUUCAGGGAACUCCCCCUUUCGGUAUACUACCACCAAUACAGGACCCUAACAUGAGGAACUUAGUCGCUGAGGUUUCAAUUAAGGAAACAAAAAUUUUUAACCCAAAAGGUGAGGUCACAAUAAUGGCAGUUGACUGUGGCUUAAAAUACAAUCAAAUAAGAUGUUUAAUAAAAAGGAAUGCCAAAGUUAUAUUAGUACCGUGGAACUAUAAGUUCAACUCAGAUAGUUAUGACGGUUUAUUCAUUAGCAACGGUCCCGGCGAUCCAGAGGUUUGCAAGACAGUAGUGGAAAACUUGAAAGUAGAAAUGAAUAGCAAUUCUGUUGUAAAACCAGUUUUCGGAAUAUGUCUCGGUCACCAAUUACUCGCGACAGCUGCAGGGUGCAAGACAUACAAAACAAGUUACGGGAAUCGUGGUCAUAAUUUACCCUGUACACAUAAUGGUACAGGAAGAUGUUUUAUGACAUCCCAAAAUCAUGGUUUCGCUGUUGAUACUAAUACAUUGCCUGAGAAUUGGGACAUUUUGUUUACCAAUGAGAACGAUAAAACAAAUGAAGGCAUAAUUCACAAGUCACUUCCUUAUUUUAGUGUACAAUUCCAUCCAGAACACACAGCAGGUCCCACCGACCUCGAAUGUCUCUUUGAUGUCUUUAUAGAGACUGUCAAAUCAUAUAAAAACAACAAACAACUUGUUGUAAGUAAUAUUAUUUGUGAAAAACUAAAGUACACUCCGACAUUACAUGAAAAACCGAAAAAAGUGUUAAUUCUAGGUUCAGGUGGUCUAUCUAUUGGGCAGGCGGGAGAGUUUGACUAUUCUGGUUCUCAGGGAGUCAAGGCCAUGCAAGAAGAAAAAAUUCAAACUGUUCUUAUAAAUCCUAACAUUGCAACUGUGCAAACGUCAAAAGGCUUAGCUGACAAAGUUUAUUUUUUACCUAUUACUCCUGCAUAUGUCGAACAAGUAAUUAAAGCAGAGCGGCCUACGGGAAUAUUACUAACUUUUGGAGGACAGACUGCAUUAAACUGUGGAGUAGAAUUAGAAAAGUCUAAAGUAUUUGAAAAAUAUAAUGUUGCUGUUUUAGGCACUCCAGUGCAGUCUAUUGUAGAUACUGAAGAUAGAAAAAUUUUUGCCGAAAAAAUUAACGCCAUAGGGGAAAAAGUAGCACCAAGUGCAGCAGUUUCUUCUAUUGAAGAGGCCUUAACCGCUGGAAAACAGAUAGGCUAUCCAGUAAUGGCACGUUCUGCGUUUUCACUAGGUGGACUAGGAUCAGGUUUUGCUAAUAAUGAAGAAGAGUUAAAAGCACUUGCACAUCAGGCACUAUCACACUCUGAACAACUUAUUAUAGAUAAGUCAUUAAAAGGUUGGAAGGAAGUUGAAUAUGAGGUCGUAAGAGAUGCCUAUGACAAUUGUAUAACCGUCUGUAACAUGGAAAAUGUAGACCCAUUAGGUAUCCAUACAGGAGAGUCAAUCGUGGUUGCACCCAGUCAAACACUAUCCAACAGAGAGUAUUACUUAUUAAGAGAUACUGCGAUAAAGGUCAUCAGACAUUUCGGAAUUGUGGGUGAAUGUAAUAUACAAUAUGCUCUCAAUCCCUACUCAGAGGAAUUCUAUAUAAUAGAGGUAAACGCGAGACUAUCCCGAAGCUCUGCACUAGCCAGCAAAGCUACUGGGUAUCCAUUGGCAUAUGUAGCUGCGAAAUUAGCUCUUGGAAUACCUUUACCAACAAUAAAAAAUUCGGUCACAGGAGUGACUACUGCAUGUUUUGAGCCUAGUUUGGAUUACUGCGUUGUUAAAAUACCUAGGUGGGACUUGGCAAAAUUCAACCGAGUGAGCACAAAAAUUGGAAGCUCUAUGAAAAGUGUAGGAGAAGUGAUGGCUAUUGGCAGGAAUUUUGAAGAAGCAUUCCAAAAAGCUUUGAGAAUGGUUGAUGAAAAUGUCAAUGGUUUUGAUCCAUACAUAAAAGAAGUAAACGAAAAUGAACUUAAGGAACCAACAGAUAAGCGAAUGUUUGUCUUGGCAGCUGCACUUAAAAAUAAUUAUACGGUAGAAAAACUAUAUGAACUUACCAAAAUUGAUCGUUGGUUCCUUGAAAAACUUAAAAAUAUUAUAGAUUACUAUAAUACACUUGAAUCCAUUAGUUCAGGAUCAAUUUCAUAUGAUGUAUUAAAAUGUGCAAAACAAAUUGGAUUCUCAGAUAAACAAAUUGCUGCUGCUAUAAAAAGUACAGAAUUAGUUGUAAGAAAGUGGCGAGAAGAGUACAAAAUUACUCCAUUUGUUAAACAAAUUGAUACAGUAGCAGCAGAAUGGCCAGCUUCAACAAACUAUCUUUAUCUUACAUAUAAUGGCAGUACACAUGAUAUAGAUUUUCCGGGUGAUUUUAUUAUGGUUCUUGGGUCAGGUGUAUAUAGAAUUGGAAGCUCUGUGGAGUUUGAUUGGUGUGCUGUAGGAUGUCUAAGAGAAUUGAAAAAUCAAGAAAAGAAGACAAUUAUGGUUAAUUAUAACCCUGAAACUGUUAGUACAGAUUAUGAUAUGAGCGAUAGAUUAUACUUUGAGGAAAUUUCCUUUGAAGUAGUAAUGGAUAUUUAUAAAUUAGAACACCCUGAUGGUGUUAUAUUGUGUAUGGGUGGCCAAUUGCCAAAUAAUAUUGCAAUGGACUUACAUAGGCAGCAAGCUAUUAUUCUUGGUACAUCUCCUGAUAUGAUAGAUAAUGCAGAAAACAGAUUUAAAUUUUCAAGAAUGUUGGAUCGUAAGGGAAUUUUACAACCGAGAUGGAAAGAACUUACAGAUCUUGAAUCUGCUAUUGAUUUCUGUGAAGAAGUUGGAUAUCCAUGUUUAGUACGACCCUCAUAUGUAUUAAGCGGGGCAGCAAUGAAUGUGGCAUUUUCAAACCAAGAAUUAGAAACAUAUUUAAAAUCGGCUAGUCAAGUAAAUAAGGAGCAUCCCGUUGUAAUUUCGAAAUACAUACUAGAUGCCAAAGAGAUAGACGUUGAUGUUGUUGCAUCUGAUGGCGUUAUACUGUGUAUGGCUGUCUCUGAACACGUGGAAAAUGCAGGAGUUCAUUCCGGAGAUGCCACAUUAGUUACUCCACCACAAGAUAUUAACAAUCAGACAUUCGAAAAAAUAAAUGAAAUAGCUAGAGUAAUAGCAGAGACACUUGACGUUACUGGACCUUUUAAUAUGCAACUUAUUGCAAAAGACAAUGAAUUGAAAGUAAUAGAAUGUAAUGUAAGGGUUUCCAGAUCAUUUCCAUUUGUUAGUAAAACAUUAGACCACGAUUUUGUUGCCAUGGCAACAAAGGUAAUUUUAGGUAUCCCAGUUGAGCCUAUCAACGUAAUAAGUGGAUGCGGUAAAGUUGGUGUUAAGGUCCCACAGUUUUCGUUCUCAAGAUUGUCUGGUGCCGACGUGACGCUUGGAGUAGAAAUGGCGUCAACAGGUGAAGUUGCUUGUUUUGGAGAAAAUCGUUAUGAGGCAUACUUAAAAUCGUUAAUGAGUACAGGAUUUAGAAUUCCUAAGAAAGCUAUUUUACUAUCUGUGGGGACUUUUAAGCAUAAAAUGGAAUUAUUACCAAGCGUGCGCAUUCUGCACAAAUUGGGGUACAAACUCUACGCAAGUAUGGGCACAGGAGAUUUUUAUACUGAGCAUGGUGUUGAGGUGGAGGGUGUACAGUGGACAUUUGAUCACAUUGGUGAUCCAGACGAUGCAAGAGCAGACGGAGAACUUAUGCAUUUAGCAGAUUUCAUAGCACGACGAGAACUUGACCUUGUGAUCAAUUUGCCAAUGCGAGGUGGAGCUCGACGAGUUUCGUCUUUUAGUACGCAUGGAUAUCGAACGCGUCGGCUUGCUGUAGAUUAUGCUGUUCCAUUAGUCACUGAUGUAAAAUGUGCCAAGCUUCUUGUAAAGGCAAUGUUACGUUGUGGCGGUGCACCACCAAUGAAAACACACACUGAUUGUAUGACGUCCCGUAAUAUAAUUAAACUGCCUGGAUUCAUAGACGUUCAUGUACAUGUUCGAGAGCCUGGAGCUACUUAUAAAGAGGACUUCGCUUCAUGCACCGCUGCUGCCCUAGCCGGCGGCGUAACCAUGAUAUGCGCUAUGCCAAAUACAAAUCCUCCUGUGAUCGACCGAGCUUCAUAUGAUUAUGUUUCAACAUUAGCUCGUGUUAGCGCUCGUUGUGAUUAUGCCCUAUUUGUAGGUGCAUCUACUACUAACUGUGAGUUAGCUGCUGAAUUAGCACCACAAGCCGCCGCAUUAAAAAUGUACCUCAAUGAAACCUUUACUACAUUAAAACUUGACGAUAUGACAAUAUGGCAUAAACAUCUCCAGAACUGGCCUAAGAAAAUACCUAUUUGCGCUCAUGCUGAACGUGAAAAAACUGGAGCAAUUAUUCUUAUGGCAUCUUUAAUCGAUAGACCUAUUCACAUAUGCCACGUAGCUAGAAAAGAAGAAAUUUCGAUCAUUAGAGCUGCUAAAGAGAGAGGUUUGAAGGUUACUUGUGAAGUUUGCCCUCAGCAUUUGUUUUUAUGUACAGAUGAUAUAGACAGAAUUGGAAAAGGCCGAGCAGAAGUUCGUCCAGUUUUAUGUAGCGCUGAAGAUCAAGCUGAAUUGUGGAAAAAUAUGGACAUAAUUGAUAUUUUUGCGACUGAUCACGCCCCGCACUCUGUAGAAGAAAAAGACUCAGAAAAACCUCCACCGGGCUAUCCAGGUUUAGAAACAAUUUUACCCCUUCUUCUUAACGCCGUACAUCAAGGACGCCUGACUAUGGAUGAUUUGAUUAAUAAAUUUCACAAAAAUCCACGCAAAAUAUUUAACUUGCCUGAACAAUCGAACACGUACGUAGAGGUAGAUAUGGAUUAUGAAUGGACGAUUCCUCAAGCGUUAGAAUUUUCAAAAUCGAAAUGGACUCCCUUUGCUGGUAUGCGUGUUUGUGGAGCUAUUCAUCGGGUAACAUUACGGGGAGAAAUAGCAUAUGUUGAAGGACAAGUUUUAGUACCACCUGGAUUUGGUCAAAAUGUACGCGAUUGGCCAAUGCCGAAAAAACAACUUCUCACGGGAACUGAAAAGGUUGAAAAAGAAACAAGUCGACCUAAUUCUUCUCUAGACGUACACAGUUCUCUAGAUCUUAGUAGACUAAGUGAUUUGGACAUUGAUCAAGUUGAUCCUAUAAAGGUGGAAAAUAAGCUUAAUGUGCACUUUAAUGAGGGGCCUGGCUUAAGAAGCGUAUCACCGUUACCUCCUCAAACAACCAUUAGACAGAGAUGUGAUAGUUCAUCUUAUCCUCAAACAGUAACAUCGCAACGCCAGAGGAGUGAUUUAUUUGGAAAAAGUAUUUUGACUGUAGAUACUUUUGGAAAGGAAACCUUAAAUGACAUUUUUAACCUAGCCCAGUUUAUGAAAACGAGUGUAAAUAAAGGGCGUGUCUUAGAUGAUAUAUUACGUGGCAAGGUUAUGGCGUCAAUAUUUUAUGAAGUGAGCACACGAACAAGCGGUAGUUUUGCUGCUGCCAUGCAAAGGCUAGGCGGAUCUGUUAUACAUACAGAUGCAACCAGUUCUUCGGCUAAAAAGGGAGAAACUCUUGAAGAUAGCGUUACAGUUAUGACUAGCUACGCUGACGUUGUAGUGUUGCGCCAUCCAGAACCCGGUGCAGUUGCCCGAGCAUCACGUCAUUGUCGCAAGCCAAUUAUAAAUGCAGGAGAUGGAGUGGGUGAACACCCUACUCAAGCACUAUUAGAUGUUUUCACAAUAAGAGAAGAAAUAGGUACAGUUAAUGGUCUCACAAUAACUAUGGUUGGUGACCUGAAAAAUGGUCGAACAGUCCAUUCAUUAGCUCGACUUCUAACACUCUACCAAGUACAGUUGCAAUAUGUAAGUCCUCCGGGGCUUGGAAUGCCGAAGCAUAUAAUGGAGUAUGUAGCUUACAAAGGCAUCCCUCAGAGAGUUUUUGAACGGAUAGAAGAUGUAUUGGGAGAUACGCAUGUGCUGUACAUGACAAGAAUUCAACGUGAAAGAUUCGUUAGUGUAGAAGAAUACGAAAAGACACGCGGUUUGUUAGUGGUAACCCCUCAGUUAAUGACAAAGGCUCGACGCCGCAUGAUAGUCAUGCAUCCACUCCCACGUGUUGAUGAAAUUUCACCAGAAUUCGAUUCCGAUCCAAGAGCAGCUUACUUCAGACAAGCGGAAUAUGGCAUGUACGUACGGAUGGCAUUGCUUGCUAUGGUGAGCGGAGUGAAUCCCCUGAUUUGAUGAUAAAAAUAAGUACAAUACUCAUUGGUCUUCCUUCGAAAUACUUAUGCUAAUCUAAUAAUACCCUAAAACCUAAUCUGAGGAAGUAAAGAUUUUUUGUAUUGUAUACCUGUUUGCUACGAGUACAUACCCACACACUGUUAAUCAUUAAAGAUUUUUUUAAUAUUU